UUGGGAAGUGGAAGAACACUCUGGCCUCCUCCAUCAUGUCGGCCAAGAGGGCGGAACUGAAGAAGACAAGUCUGAGCAAGAACUACAAGGCAGUUUGCCUGGAAUUGAAGCCGGAGCCGAUCAAAACAUAUGACUACAAAGGAGCUAAACAAGAAGGGCCAUUUACCAAACCAGGAGGAACAAAAGAGCUAAAGGAUGAACUCAGGGAAGUGAGGGAAGAGCUGAAGGAAAAAAUGGAGGAGAUAAAACAGAUAAAGGAUGUAAUGGACAAGGAUUUUGAUAAACUCCAGGAAUUUGUGGAGAUUAUGAAGGAAAUGCAAAAGGAUAUGGAUGAGAAGAUGGAUGUUUUAAUAAAUAUACAGAAGAACAGCAAGUUUCCCUUUAGGAGAGGACUGAAGAUGCAGCAAGAACUCAGGCUGAUAGGAAAGACAGACGCAGACCCACAGCUCCAGCUCAGGAAAAUGGAUGGAGUUGGUAGAGCACCACUCUCUCUUCAGAAAAAGAUGGUGGCACUGCAACAACCAAAAGACCCAAUGGAUUCCCUUCACCAAUGCGACUCCUGCUUUGAGAAACGUUUGUUGUGUACCCCACAGAACAACUACGAUCAGGGGAAGAGAAAGAUGGCCCAGGAAGGACCCUUAAGAACAGAGACAAAACCAGAUCCUGACUUGGGAAUCUCUCCAGAACCUUGGACUGCCCAGGGCUCCUGCAGCAUGCCCCAGCCUGCCCUGCCCAUCAUGGUCACCGCGAUCCAGGGAUUUAUACCUUCCACUCCCCGUCCACACCCCCAGGCCUGCAGCUGCCCUUGUCAGCUCAGUGUUGGCAGCUGAGUCAUCCAUUAAACUAACACAUGCUGACAGGCAACAGGUUGGUCCUCCCAGGGACAUUGUGCGUCUUUUCAAGAAGACCCAACCAAAUCCACCUCUAAGUGGUAGAUUCCCAGACAGUGGGCUGAAAAGACAU